AUGUCGACCUUCGUCACAGUGGAGGGGGUCCCCAACGUCCGAGAUAUCGGAGGCUAUGCAUGCGCUCCUCCGGUCUCAGUCGUCCAUGACGAGAUAGCCACGGACGCACAAUGGACCAUUCGCACAGGUCUCCUAUUCCGCGCAGCUCAGCCAUCCCAAAUCACUGUCGCCGGUGUGGACACCUUGACGAAGACACUUGGUAUCCAAGCUGUAUUUGACUUUCGCUCCGAAAGCGAGAUAGACCUCGUGCGUCAGCGUUAUCCCAAUUCCCUUCUUGAUAUUCCGGGAACGACACGCCAUGCCGUGCCGGUCUUUCAAGCAGGAGACUACUCCCCGGUCUCGCUCGCAAAGAAAUACGGCGUGACGGGCAAACCGUCGGAGUCGGAGCGGGAUCAACAAGUCUCUCGACCGGGCUUUGUCAAGGCUUACGAAGCUAUCGCCCGCAGCGCGGCUCAAACGGGCAGUUUCCGUGCCAUCAUGCAGCACCUCCUGCAUGACCCCGCAGCAGCGAUCCUGUUUCACUGCACCGUUGGCAAAGAUCGCACUGGGGUAUUCUCGGCGCUGAUUCUGCGAUUGUGUGGGGUCGCCGAUGAGGAUAUCGUUGCGGAUUAUGCGCUUACUACGCAAGGGCUGGGCGUCUGGCGAGAACACCUUAUCGCACGACUGCUGCAGAAGGGUGAUGCGACGACCAGAGAACAAGCUGAAGCCGUUAUUAGUAGUGACCCGACAGAUAUGAGCGUUUUCCUGAGAGACGUGGUUGAUGCCGAAUUCGGUGGCGCAAGAAAGUAUUUCACCGAUCUCUGCGGCAUACCAGAGAAUGACCUUGAUCAGAUCAUUAGCCGACUUGUCAAGCGAUGA